AUGCCUCGGAAGGAACACCGGCUCUUUUACCGCAACCGCUCCGCUCCAUCCGCUCCUCAUCCACAUCAUCAGCGCUCCGAGCUCACAGAAAUCGAGAUCGCGGCUUCGUGGGGACACGAUCCGACUGCCAUCCAGACUCGUUAUCAGGAUUUAACGCCAUCCGUGAACACUGAGUGUAAUGUUUGGGCUGGAGCGUGUGGUACUGAGGGAAUGAGACUGCGUGGCAGGGAUCUGGAGGAUUCCACCGGCUCUUGGAUACCAAGCGUCCUGGGCGUGCAGAGUGUCAGACUCCGCCUUCGACUCGACCGCCAAAACAACGGUGGGAGGAGCCUCUGGCAACUGGUGGACCUGAACAGAGAGGCGAGGCAGAGCGAGGAAGGCUUAUGUUAUAACACCCCGCCCACUUGUUCACAGAGUCUGAUGAGUAUUUCCGCAGCCAUAUCUGGACAGACAGGGGGCGGAGAAAUGCAGUCACCUGGGGCGAUAAGCCCCUCCUUCCUCCCACCCCCAUCCGGAAAGGUUCCAGGUCGCAAGAGGGGACGACCCCCACUAAAAAGGCACCCGGAAUAUCAGAACCGCUACCCUGAAUCCCUUCCUCCCAUCAAAGUACCCAAGAAGAGAGGGAGAAAGCCUGGAUUUAAGUUGAAGUCCCGGUUGGCAAUGACUCCGCUGGCCAUCUCCCCUCCAAGCAGCACUCCAGAACCAGACAUGAGCUCUAUUCCCCAGGACGCUGCCACUGUUCCCCAUUCUUCCACACCAGAGGUCCUUACAGUGUGUAUCUACGUGAAUAAGCUAGUGAACACGGGCCCCAACUUGGACAGGCAGAAAGUAAUGCAGCUUCCUGAUCAUCUGGGUCCAGCUCGACCCUCUGUGGUGCUGCAGCAGGCCGUGCAGGGCUGCAUCGAUAGCGCUUACCAACAGAAAACUGUUUUCACCCUGCUGACACAGGGCUACGGGGGAGAGAAAAUAUCAGCCACGUUUGACGGAAAGCAGCACCUGCUGAGUCUGCCCGUAGUGAACAGUGUAGGUUAUGUUCUUCGCUUCCUGAAGAAGCUCUGCCGGAGUUUGCUGUGCGAGAACCUCUUCAGCGAUCAGCCCAUUGCACCUUCGUCUUCUCCAUCCUCCUCUUCUUCUGUCCACACUGACAAGCAUUCAGAUGGACAAUCCAAAUUGACAGGUUCUGUGGACGAUUACCACUCGGAGUCAAUGGAUCCAAAGCGCUACUCUGUCGACCACAGUGAGCCGUCCUACAGUGUGAUGACAUCGUCAUACACGGCAGCUAAAACCAGUUAUGGGUUUCGUUUGGGCUCUGCAUAUUCGGGGGGUGUUUGCCGACCGGCGACCAGUCCCAGCUCAUUCCAGGAAGGAAACAGAAGUGCCUAUAGUCCAUCACCAGAGGCAGGUGAAGCAAAGCCUCCUCCAAGUAAAGACCCCUCCCGGUGGAGUGUAGAGGAGGUGGUCUGGUUCAUUAAAGAUGCCGACCCUCAGGCCCUGGGCCCACAUGUCGAGCUCUUUCGGAAGCAUGAGAUUGAUGGAGACGCUCUCCUCCUGCUCAAAAGUGACAUGAUUAUGAAGUACUUGGGAUUGAAGCUGGGCCCGGCGCUCAAGCUCUGCUACCACAUCGACAAGUUAAAACAAACCAAGUUCUGA